CCGCAUCUCGGCUUCGGGAGCUGUUGGCUUCGGCUACGUAACAGCAACAGGGCGUUUUUGAGGCCUUUUUCUUUCUCUCCUGAAAACCACUCUCCGCUUUCUCUCCUCCCAACCUCGCUUUUGGGAGAUAUCUGUGACUUUAAUUGUUUGUGAACUCGGUCCCUCUACACAUCAUGGCUGCUCGACUCCCUCUCGUGCGCCUUUCCGGCCAGCGCCUGACGACUCUGUCCCGGGCCACUCGGGCUACCAGCCGGCUUAGCGGAGCCCAGAGCCUGUCCACCCUCACUCGCUCCAAUGCCUUCCCCAGGGCCUCUGGCCUGCUGCAGGCAUCCUCGGGCAUCAAUGUCUCGCGCAACCUCGCCCCGUUCGUGGGCUCCCAGAUUCGCACCUACGCCGAUUCCAUCGUCAAGGUCCCCCAGAUGGCCGAGUCGAUCACAGAGGGUACUCUGAAGCAGUUCUCUAAACAGGUUGGCGACUAUGUUGAGCGUGAUGAGGAGAUUGCCACCAUCGAGACCGACAAGAUUGACGUUUCCGUGAACGCCCCGGAAGCCGGCACUAUCAAGGAGCUUCUCGUGAACGAGGAGGACACCGUUACCGUCGGCCAGGAUCUCAUCAGACUGGAGGUUGGCGGUGCUGCUCCCGAGGCCAAGGAGGAGACCGCUUCCGAGCAGCCCAAGGAGCCUGCUUCUACUGAGAAGCCAAAGGAGACUGCCGCUGAGCCUGAGAAGCCUAAGGAGACCAAGCCUGCGCCCCCCAAGCAGGCCCCUGCUAAGGCCGAGUCCCCCAAGCCUGCUGCUACCGAGUCCACGCCCGCCAUUGGCGGUCGCGAGGAGCGCCGGGUCAAGAUGAACCGCAUGCGUCUGCGCAUUGCUGAGCGUCUGAAGCAGUCCCAGAACACUGCUGCUUCGCUGACUACCUUCAACGAGGUUGACAUGUCCUCUCUGAUGGAGUUCCGCAAGCUGUACAAGGAUGAUGUUCUCAAGAAGACCGGUGUCAAGCUGGGCUUCAUGAGCGCUUUCUCCCGGGCUUGCGUGCUGGCCAUGAAGGACGUCCCCGCCGUCAAUGCCUCCAUUGAGGGCCCCAACGGCGGUGACACCAUCGUCUACCGUGACUACGUCGACAUCAGUGUUGCUGUUGCUACCGAGAAGGGUCUGGUCACCCCGGUUGUUCGCAACACCGAGACCAUGGACCUGGUCGGCAUUGAGCAGUCGAUCGCCGAGCUGGGCAAGAAGGCUCGCGACAACAAGCUGACCAUUGAGGAUAUGGCCGGCGGUACUUUCACUAUCAGCAACGGUGGUGUCUUCGGCUCCCUGAUGGGCACUCCCAUCAUCAACCUUCCCCAGACUGCCGUCCUCGGUCUCCACGCCAUCAAGGACAAGCCCGUCGCUGUGAAUGGCAAGGUUGAGAUUCGCCCGAUGAUGUACCUCGCUCUCACCUACGACCACCGUCUCUUGGAUGGCCGUGAGGCUGUCACUUUCCUUGUCAAGGUCAAGGAGUACAUUGAGGACCCCCGCCGCAUGCUCCUCGGUUAAACGAUUCCACCCUCGGUACCCUAUCGGUUGAUUUGCGUCUGUCGUGCUUAGAGCCGCCAUUGUCACCCUCUGUAGAUUAUUCGAAUUCUAAAAUAUUACUGCCAUGUCACUGACCCUACCCAGUUGAGGUGUUUUUGAGUGUGUAGUGUUUUGGAGUAGCCCAUUCGGCGUAGCCUCUUCUUUGCGCGGUCGUCGUGCUCCGGACAUUUAGAUUCGGUGUAGGGAUGAAUUCUCGUGGGCAAAGAGGGGAACAAAGGGUGGUCGUGAUUCUCUUCUGUGCGCACUCCUGGUGGACGCAGGUCCUCGAGUCUUAGCAGACUGUGGCCCGUCCGCCCGCUCGAGUUGGGGGUGUCAAAUAGCACUAGGAAUAUGCGUUUCUCUCAAUUGGCAGCACGUGGGUCGUUCAGCGCCAGCCGAUCCGCUGCUUCAGCUGUUGAGUUUCAGCAGGGGUCAGGCUACCGAGCUUGCCUUGUUCGAGCUGAAUGAGGAUAGGCGGGUCGAGUGUGGUCAUGAGCUCGAAAAGGAAGUCGAUCACGGUAGCUUUGAACGGGGCCCAUGAAUACCCGUGGUAGAGCGAUUCCCACCUGGCCUCGUCAUCCGGGGAGUCUGGUAUGUCUGCCGCAUAGCGUUCGCGGACAUCCGACCAUCUGGAGAUUCGCUGGUCACCAUUCGGGUGCCAUGAGUAGAAGGUGCGGAGUGCUCCUCGGGGUGUGAUCUCCAAGAAAUGCUCCUCCAGCGCGGCCUGGAUCAUGAAACGGGCGCCUAGGUCGAACCAACGCGUCUCGGAGACCUUGGAAACCGCGAGCGAGCCCAGUCCCAGGAACUGAUCCCCGAUAUCCUUUAGGUAUGGGGUUUUGUCACCCUGGGCGCGACGUGUCGUGUCCGGGUGGGGGUAGUUCCAGAGAAGACAGACCAAGUCGAAAAUCCGCAAUUUGAUCGCAAGGUCCAACGGCAGGGGGCUGUCCGGCUGAUGGGUGGCAAUCACAGCUUUCAGGGCUACGAUGAUUAGAGCGUACACUUGAAGAACGCAG